AUGGAAAACAAACCUGAUUUACUUUUCAAAAAAGAUAUACUAAUAGUUAGUAGAAUCUAUAAAAGUCUCAAGAAACUUAGUAACAUCCCAGAGCAAGGUCACAUAGAACUUCAGAUUGCCAACUAUAACCAACUACUACAAGAAAUUAGUAAACAACAUAAUGUAGAAAUUCUAAUACAUAAUGAGAACAUAUUAGAAGAAAUCCUAUCAGAUAUUAAAG